GAGAGCGGUCGUGGUCGUAGUUGUUAAACGAAAAGUAAUGGUGUUUGUGUGCAAAAAAAUAAAAAUGUUACUUCCACAAAAAAUCUUUAUUAUGUUCUAAUAAAAGAAAAAUUUGCCAUCUUAUAACAGCGAAGGAUCAAAAGGUUAAUUCUCUAGGCAAAAAAUAAAAAAGAAAUUGUGAAAAUCACCCAAUAACCCCCCUGUUUAAUGAGUGCAACAAACCUGUGUGUGUGUACGAAUGUAUAUCUCUUUUGGUGUGUGGCAGUGUAUAGUGUUUUUUUCUUACGGGUUGGUGUUAUGUGAAAACAAAAGUAAAGAAAAGAUACAUGAAAAAAAUACCAAUUCAGCAGAGUAAAUUUUUUUUCAAGAAAAUAUCCGCUGAUAUACUCUAUUAAUGCUGUGUUUGACUUUAUUGUUUGCCAUUUCAAAAGAAGAGUAAAAAAAAUAACAUAUAAUCUAUAACAAAAAGAUUUAAAUAAAGCCCAUAAGCACAGAGCAUAUUGCGAGUUAUUAGUCUGCUGUGUCUUUUGUUCUUUAUCCCCUUUUAACUUCCUCACUGACGGCGGAGCUACUCAUGGUGGUGAAUAUCGCGAAGUAUUAGCUAGCUCCACUUUUCAUUUCGUAUUACUUCAAAAAAGCUGAGUAAACUCCAGGAACAACAGCAGAAACAAUGGUUUCUCUUAUCAAAAAUCAACUGCUGAAACAUCUAUCAAUAUACACCAAAAAUCUAUCACCAGAUAAAGUCAAUUUGAGCACAUUUCGUGGCGAGGGAGAGCUAUCAAAUUUGCAAUUGGAUGAAGCCGUGCUCACCGAACUUUUGGAAUUACCCUCAUGGCUGCGUUUAACAUCGGCAUGGUGCAAUCAUGUGUCAUUUCGUAUCAGUUGGACAAAAUUAAAAAGUGUACCCAUCACUUUGACAUUGGAUGAAGUGAACAUAACCGUGGAAACAUGUGAUCCCCUAGCCAGGCAAGCGGAAAAUAAAUCACCAAAUGGCACAAGUGGUGCUGGCUCCGGUGGAGCAGGUGGAGGAGGUGGUGGUUCUUUGCCACAAAUACCUCAGGGCAAAUACAGUUUCAUACACAAGGUGGUCGAUGGCAUUACCAUUGUGGUGAAUACAGUCAAUGUGAAAUUCUUGAGUACAGCAUUUACAGCUUCAGUGCAGAUGUCCCGCAUACGCGUUGAAUCAAAAACUCCAAAAUGGGCCACCGGUGAUUUACGUUUCACUCGCCUUAAAGAUACCCAAAAGGGAAUUUUGUUAAUCUUCAAAGAGCUUUCAUGGCAAACGGUGCGUAUAGAAGCCAGUUCAACACAGGACAGAUCGUUGACUCCCCUGCGUUUGUUAACGAAUCAUGCCCGGUGUCGCAUUACCAUAAGAAAGCGUUUGUCCGAUUGUACGCUGUUGGCUUCACGUUUGGUGCUAAUACUCGAUGAUCUAUUGUGGGUGCUAACAGACUCUCAACUUAAGGCAGCUCUGCAUUUUGUCGAUUCACUUUCGGGUCUUAUAAAGGCGGCCACACAUGCUACACAGAAAUCAAAAGCAGCUCGUAAACUGGAGACUCUUCCCGAAUAUCAAGCACAAUUGGCUCAACAGCAGAACCGCUUAAGCGAAUCCUCGCAUACGAAUGCCCAGCUGAAAAUGUUCAAUGCCUUUGAUGUGCGAGAGACCUCCUAUCAUUUCUUUAGUCAACGCAUUGAUUUGCAUCUGUGUGAUGAUGAAGGAGAUGGUCGUUCCAGUUAUCCAGAUUUGGAUAAAGGAGGAGCUUUACAAAUUUCCGUUCAAGCAUUCCAGGUUGAUUAUUAUCCCUAUCAUUUAGCUAAAUCCGAUAGAUCUCAUUGGGCAAAAUACAAAGAAGCCUCUGUUUCACCAGCCCUAUGGCUGAAGGAAUCUUUAAAUGCCUUUCGUGAGUCAGUUCUUAAUUUAAGUCAACCCAAUCGUCCCUCCACCCAUGCUCCUCUGGAACGUAGCACACCUAAUUCGCCUAUAACCCUAAACGCUGCUACUCUGGCCACUUCAUAUGCCAAACAAUCACAUACGGCCGCAUCCACUGGCAGUAGCACACCCACGCAGAUAGCCAGCAAUGCUGGUUCAGCGGGUUCGGCUGGUUCCGGAUCCUCGGGCAGUCAUCUGUCACAGAGUUAUCAACAAAAGUCCAUAUUGGAUAAUUUGGCCAAAUUAAUGAGUUCUUGUGUUAUUUUGCGCAUAGAAGAUUUUCAACUGUAUCGUGUAACAACAUCAGGCAAGAAACAAAUGCCCAAGGAAUUUGUAUCGGCACAACAAAAAAGGAAAAUCAAAACAGGUGAUAAGGAUCGUUAUUCGUUUCCAGCAGAAAUGCCUAUUAUACAUGCGGAAUUCACCUACUUUUAUUACCCCGGCGACUUUAUAUUUCCCUUGCCCCCGUCCAAAGUAUUCGUCCAUAUUAAUCCCUUGCAAAUUCAUUUCGAUUUGUGUUCCAUAUUGUGGCUCAAUUCCUUUGCUUUGAAUCUGCAUGAAAGCCUAUUGCGCACCAGCAUUGCGGUCUCACCGACCAAUUCAGCAGCUCUAGGAUCACCAUCCACCAUAGGAUCGCAUGGUUCACAGGCCACUACGCUCAAGGGCUCCUCCAAAUUCUCGCUGUAUAAUGAAGAACCCGAAGUGAAUGAACCCAAUCUAAUGUAUAUGGAUGUUAAAGUUGAGGCCAUAAUGCCUCGCAUUGUAAUUGAAUCGUCUUUGGAGACGGCCAAUCAAAAGGACCGCCCGAAAAUGAUGCAAAUACAAAUAUCCCGUUUUGCUUUAACCAAUAUACGUGAAAUGGGUUCAUCUCGUGCGGAUCUUGCCCAAGCCUUACAUUCUUUGCAGGAGGGAUCUCUGGUCUUUGGCACCGGGUUUCCCUCGGCUAGGGGCGAUAUGUGUAUAGUUACCGAUCGUAUACUCUCACAUGUGGCCGCUACAGAUGUGGGAGCUUCGGCAGAGAGUCCGGCAUCGCCGCCGCAACAGCAGCAGCAGCAGCAUCGUUCUUCAUCUAUACCCAAAUCGGCUUCUUUGCAAAAUCUUUCACGUUAUGCCAUGUGGUCUGAACCAAGAGAUGUCUGGUGUAUAAAAUUUGAUCCGGUAUGGAUAGAUUUUAUGGGUGCCCGUUCGUUGGGCGCCAAUAAAUCCAUACCCUUUGUUGAUGCCGUACCCAUAACACUCUGGCUGCACUCGGGCACCGGAGCCAUGUCACCGAAUGAGCCACACAGUAAGACGGGUAGUCGCAAAGGUAGUGGCGGUGAUGACGAUGCCUCGCAAUCAGGAGCUUCAACAGCAAAGGGACCAGCUUUCUCCAUGGAAGCGAAUAUAAAUCGUUUAGAUUAUGCCAAUAGUAAUACAAAAUUGCCCCGCAAUCCCUUUCUGGACAGUGAGGAAGAUAUAAAUGCUGGUCGCAAAUCGCAAGCCUCAUCUAAUGCUAGUAACGAACGCACCGCCGAUGUGCAUGCCAUUGCUCAUAUUUCCAAUUUGGUUAGUGUGCAAAUCGAUCACUACCAGUACUUGUUCCUGUUGCGUUUGGGUGAGGAGUUCAGCGAGAUGUCUACAUAUUUGUCACUGGAUGCCGAGAGGAUAUUACAAAAGCAAAACACCAGCAAAUCUUUGAUAUUGGGUUGUGUGGUACCACAAAUUGAGGUGACAUUUGUUAUGCCGUCUCCAACACCCGGUAAGGAAUCAAGUGGUGGUGAUGCUGAAAGUGUCUUACCUGACUCAGCUAGUUUGGGUGAUGAUUUACAUAUAAAUAGUACAAAUAUAACCUGGCCCACACCACCCUUAGAGCAAAUCAAAAGCAAUACCUUUGGUAGCGUAGAGACACCAUCACCUAUAACAAAUGAAGCACCCUUUGAUAGUGGCAUACAUUUAUCAAAUCCAAAUACCCAUGGGUACAAUGUCCAAAUUCAAAGUACUCCAACCAUGGCUUCAUCUAUGACUAUGAGUCAGACAUCCACCAAACCCGAUACGGGGGUAUUUACCCAAUCAGCAGCAUCAUCUUCAUCGAAGAGCUAUCGUUCGGCCAAGAAUUCAACCAGUGAUGCCCCCAGUUUAACGAAGGAAUUCAAUUCUGGUUUUAUGACCAUGAAAAAGGGUUUUUCCAGCAUUAUGACUUCCAUUGACUCGGCCAUAACGUCAAGGACACAAACGGAUGAUAUGAGCGAUACAUUUUCCAUACAAAGUGAUGUUAGCUCAGAUUCGGAAAACUUUGCCAUUGUUAUGGGUGAUGAUAAGACCAUGGAUUGCAUUGAUGUGAUGUUUCGCCUCAAUCCCUUCACCACAGAGGGCAAUAUGAAAGCUUCGCCUGUGGAGGUGGCCAGUGAAGUUUAUGAAGAGCCAAUUAAAACGAAUUUGAGUUCACCAUCGGAGCCUUCGGAGGCCAGCACAUGGCGGAGGCGUGAUUUGGUUUCAAUGGCCACUUUUAGACUUACAACAGUUGAGGUUAUACAACAAAAGGAAGGAAAUAAUUCCACUUUACGUGUUCAGGUUGCCGCCAUAUCUUGUGAUGAAUGUGGUGCCAUACCCUGGGAUGAGUUACAGAAUAAGUUUGGUGCCCGCUGCAAAGCAUGGAAUUUAGCGCCUUAUAAUCCGGAAGCACCACCUUGUAUACGACUGCGUUUGGAGGAGACAUUAAAAUCGCUAAGCGAUAUAAGCGGCAGUGUUCGCGAUAAAAAGAGUUUACAAAGCUUGUCCUCCCAAAAUGCUGAUAUACGUGUGAGUGAUAUAUGCAUGGAUUUGUCCAUGAGCACCAUUAUUGGUUUAGCCGAUUUAGCUGAAGAUGAAGUGAUCUCAACGAAUCCAAUGCCAGUGAAUGUUUCACUGGAAAAUGUCCGCAUUAAUUUAAUCGAAGAUCGUCCACCUGUCAACAUUACCUCACCAGGACCAGUGCCCAUUAAUUUGGCCAUUGGACGCCUGCAAGUGAAACGUGAUAAAAAUGGUUUACUACACAUACAACCUAUAGAAACAAACCUCAACGGCCCUGGUUCGGUUAACUAUCCGCUUACCUCGGCCUUAUUUAGAACACCUGAACCCACACCACGCGAAAGAGAGCGCGAUCGCGAAUUGCUCUCACUGCAGCUCAUAAUGCAACAAAUCAAACUGGAUAAUGAUAAUUUAAAAAAGCAAUUGCAACAGUCCAAGGAAAAUUCCGAUAGUUAUAGACAAAAAUCCAAACAAGAAAAUGAAGUUUUACGUUCCUAUUUGAAAGCUGCUCAAGAUGACAUUACUAUUUUACUAGAGGAGAAGAAAGCUUUAUUAGAUACCAUACGCUCACUGCAGCUCCAGGUGACUUCUAUGAGUAUGAAUAAGAAAAAUGGCGGCAACAACAGGUAGCACAACUGCAUGGAUUGCAUUCAAUGUUGCGGUGAAAAUAAUAAUCCAUAAAUCCAACUUGAAAAUACCCAAACAAAAAAAAAAAAACACCAAUUAAAAAAUACAUUGGCCUAUAUUUUCCUUAUAUAAGAAAUGCCUCUCUUCGUAAACAUUCUUCAAAAAUGAUGUUCAAAAAAACAAUAUGAGCUAAUAUCUUCAAGUGUCGUAAAUGUUUAAGAAAAGAUAUGCUUAAACUAAAUCAUGUAAAUGUAAAUAUUUUAUUUUAUAAUAAUUAAUUGUAGGUGAUUUUUCGUUUUUAUAAUUUUAUACAUGAAGAUUUUCCAUAUUUUCC